AUGUCUCAAUUUCGCGCAGCCAAGCUCGAUAUUGGAGGCUUCGCCAAGAUUCGCAACAUUCGCGACCACACCAAACGGAAAGUGUACGCCGAGAAUGAGCCUGAGCGUCAAGCCCUUCGAUACAUCAUUCGCAACACCACACUUCCACAGCGAGCCCGCGCACAGGCCCAACUCCAGUUGUCCCAGAUGCACUGCUACACACGCUUCACGCAGAUCAAGAACAGAUGUAUAAUGGGUGGCAGAGGGCGUGGUGUCUUCAGCGACUUCAGGCUUGGCAGAUAUCAAUUCCGUAUCAAUGCGUUGGCUGGAAACUUACCCGGUGUCAAGAAGGCGAGCUGGUAA